AUGACUACUAGCCGCGGCGGGUGCUGGUCUACGCUCAUCGAAGAGCAGAGUGGGUGCCAGACGUGCAUUGUGCAGGCCACCAGCAGCAGCACAACCGCAACCGAUGACCCGCCGGCAUCACAGUGGAAUUCCUCGGUGUUCAGCAAGUUCUUCGAGAUGGAGCUAGACCCUUGCCCCGAAUCCGUCUCUGAUUUCUACGGGACUCCGCCAGGGGGCGUUGUGUCCUACCAGGAGGUGCUAUCAGCCGACUGCCGUCACAGCGACGACGACAACGACGACAAUGACGACAGCGACAGCGUGUGGCUCGCGUUCGAGAACAGCUGCUACUCCAAGAGCUCAUACUUGGACGCGGCAGUUAACUGGGAGGAUGCGGACGCUAGGUGUGGGGAGGUGGGUGCGAGGCUCGUGAGCCUAGAAAGCGAGGCCGAGAAUGACUUCGUCACUCACAACCUGCUGUGGAUUGGCUUCCUUGGCGAGGCGUACACAGGAACCUAGGUGUAGGUACAAUGUUGCACCGCUGAUUGUGCAAGGAAUGUUGUCUCGGUAAACCCCGAGCCUAACACACACGGAAACGUGCCAGCUGGUGUGCCUUUUACCGCGGCCGUGGAAGGGGGGCCUACCUCAACCAUGUUCGACAGAAGGCUGGAUGGUUAACCUCUACCAACGUACGUAGAAUUUGUGAUUUUAUCAUGGCCAUCUCUUGGCGUUGCAUUUCCGAAAAUGAGACGCACGUGUUUUCUUGCAUCAUCAACACAUGCCUUUAGGACUGCAAAAGGCAUCCGAGGACGGUACGUGGAGCUGGCGGGACUCCCUGGCCGGCUUUACGCCCGGAGACUUCAACGCGUCCGUGAGUUUUCAGGACUGGGGGGAGGGACUAGACGCCUCCUCUUCCUACGAGAGCACGGGAGCCUCUUGCCUGGAGAUAACCCCUUACUACCCCAAGGCGUGGAACCCUUUCUCGUGCGAGGUGUGUAGACACACAGCGCCAUCGUUGUGCUGUCGUUGUUGUCGUCGUUGUCGUCGUUGUCGUUGUGGUCAUGGUCGUGGUCGUUGUUGUUGUUGUUGUUGUUG